AAACCAAACCAAAUCAUAUCGGAGAGAGAGAUACUUUUCUUCCUUUCUUAUAUGCUUUACUUGGUGAUUAAGCCUUUUAAGCCUUAAGGCAGCUGCAAAAUCAGAAGGAGGAGUAGAGCAAGUAACAGCGAAGCAAGCAAAAGCAGAGGAAUUGGAGGCGAAGAUGGCGUUGCAGUGGAUGAUAUUGACGUACGUCGUGGCGGCAGAGGCGGCGUUGGCCUUCCUCCUAACCAUUCCGGCGCCCAAGCUGUUGAAGAAUCGAUUCGUGUCGCUGGUCUCUCUAAUCCUCCAACCCGCCCUCUUCAUCGUCCCCUUCGCCGGAUUUCAGCUCCUGGAUAUAUACUGGAAGAAUGAGCACCGGUUGGCCUGCACCUCUGAUAUCUGCACCGCCUCUGAGCGUGACCGCUAUGAGAAAUCGAUGUACAAGGCUCAAGGGAAUGUAGUUCUUUGUGCUUCAGCAUGUCUGCUUUACUGGUGUCUAUUUCGCAUCUGUAAAUUGUACAAGGACAUUCAGAACUUGGAGGAAGUGGAGAAGAGGUACAAGGACGAGUAGGUUUUCGGAUAUAGGCCCUUCGUUGGCAGUGGAAACAACCGAGUUAAUAUUUUUUUCAUCAUAAAUGAGAAACCGAUGCUGCUUUUAGUAAUACUGUAAUGUCUUGAAUUUGUUUGUGUAAUUUGUAGCCGUCUAGUAUGUUGAUACAUUGUUCGUGUAGCUGAAAUAUACUUUGUUUUCCACAUUACAUGAAAACUAUGGCAUUGAUCGUUUGUUUGAGUA